AUGAACGACUUACUGCAGAAGCACGGCUGCUCCAACGUGUUCACAGUACCCGAAGGUCUUAAGGAGCUCAUGUCCGACAUAACUCGAGAAGUCCUCCGAGAGCAACCAAAAAACAUAUGCGAUUUCGUCUCCAACUAUCUGUCUGCCCUGCUCAUUACCCGCGAGCAUGGCGUGAUGGCUGUGAGGAUACUGGAGGACCUGUGCGACUGCAGGCCUACCGUUUCUGAGCAUCUGAUCCAACUGGGCCUGGAGAAAGACACCGCUACCUCACUGGCACAGGUCAUAAAAGAUGAGAUUGAGAACUUCGAGCAAAAAAAAGAAAAAGAAAAAAUAAGAGAAGCAAGUAUUUUGAAGAAAAUAUUAUCUAGAGCACAAUUAGAUGAGGAAAUGGCCGCCAAAGUGUGUCAAAUUGCCAGGAACGCCUACAAAGAUUACUGGUAUAAGAAGAAACUAAUGGAACAGGGUGUGACUAUGCGCGCUGAAGAGCCCUGGGAAGUGGCAGCCGAACGUACUUUAGCUUUGUACAAAAAGACCAAACCGUCACUUAACGAACUCCAUAGAGCUACGGAGAGAAUUCAAGCCGCCUAUAGAGGAUAUUACAUUCGUAGAAAUCUCUUGAAGCACUUAAAACCAAAGAAGAGAGGAUCGAAGAAAGCCUUGGGAGCACCAUUAGAUAUUGCUGGGUCCAGAGAAAUUGAUCUGGGCCCUGUUACUGUAAGUUUAAUGAAAUAUGAUACUUUAAUACAUCCUACUACUUUAGAAUAA